UGGAGCCCGAGUGGCGAAGUCGAAUCGCGCGGAAUCGCAGCUUCAUCUCCAGCCACGAGAUGCCCACUCCGGCGUCGAUGAAGGGCCCGGGCGCUGACUGGCUGGCCCGACCGACGACGCCGAGGCAGGCAGCGCUGGUGGGGCCUCCGCCCUACAAAGACUGCCGACCCUGGCCGCAUUGAACCUACCUUCCUCUCCAUUCCAUCCCACAUCUUGCUAUCCUCUCUCUCCGUUGCGUCCGCCAAUUCGAGCUUCUCUCGGCCUGACGCCUCUCGCAGGAGCUGCGCUUCUGCUCGUACAUAUACCACGCCCUCCUCGCUCCCCUUACCACAAGCUACCCUCAUCUCCUUCUCGGCGCGUUCCAGUGCGCCACCCCUCGCCUUCGCCUAAGCCGAUCUCGAGUCCUCCAAGCCAGCCAGCCAUGCGCUCCUCGCUUAUCCUCGCGGCGCUCCUCGCCGCUGGCGGCGUGUCGGCGUCGCCGCUGCUCGGUGGUAUCGUCGGUGGCCUGACCUGUCUCCUCGGCCAGAUCCUCGUGAACGGCAAGUGCGUCACGGCGCCUGCUUCCACGACCACCACCCCGGCCGCCGCUGCGACAACACCAGCAGCUGGUGCGGGCACCACCACCGCCACCACCAGCACCUCGGCCGCCGCCGCCGGUGUGCCGGCGCAGACGCCCAUCAUCACGGGCGGCUCCUUCACACAAACAUACGGCGGCAUCAUCGGCGGCAAUGCCACCACCAUCGACAACCCCUCCUACAUCACCUACCUGCUCGCCAACUCCGUCGAGGACUGCCUCGCGCUCGCCAGCACCAACGUCACGACGGCCAAGUUCGUCGCCACGUACUACGACACCAACGCUGCUGGGCCGAAGGGCCAGUCGAUGACGUGCUCGUACUUCACCCGCUGCCUCGACACCAGCUACAACACCAACUUUGGCGGCCAGAACCAGGCCGGUCUCUACCAGACGACCAUCGUCGCCGCCAAGGGCUGGUGCAAGAACUGAGGCUGCGUCGCCCGACGCUUCCCGGCUCUCACUCGUUGCGCUCGCCGCCUCUGCAAGCCUUCGAACAAUCGCCACACGCGAGUUGACCCCUUCCGCAGGCCUACUCCACUGCGCGCCGUGUUCCUCCCCUUCCUACCCCUCUCCCGUCACAUUGUUCCGCAUUCCCUCUGCGCACGCCACUACUGGCCCGCGCACUCUGCCUCUGGUCGACGCCGUGUCCCAGCUGGCCCUCCUUCCUGGUCGACGCACGCGUCCCAGAUGUCCUCGCCUGGUCGGCCAUAGCCCACCUGCGCAUCCGUGGUCGACUGCCUCAGUCCCACCUUGCUCCCGUCUCGGUCGAGCCUGCACUUCUUGUGCCUUCGCAAUACAUCCAGUGUCACCCU